AUGAAACGUCUAGUUGUGCAUCAAAUCAAACUUCAGAAUCAUCUUUACUAUCAUCUUUACAAAUACCCUUCUUCAUUAUCAAUACCUUCACCACUACCACUACUUGUAUCAUGUGAAAUUUUACCACCAUCAUCUUCACAAAUACCUUCUUCAUCAUUGGUACCUUCUCCAACAUCAUAUGCGUUAUUAUUAUCUUCCACAGAAUGCUCAUCAUCAAUAUCUUCAACAACAGAAUGUUCGUUUUCAAUUUCACCCUCAGAAUGUUCAUCAUUUAUACCUUCACCAAAACAACAAACACUAUCAGCAUCUUUAUCACCAUUAGCUUUAUCACCAACAACACCUGCAAUGAUUAUGGAAAAGUCUUCAAUUCCAUCUGAUAUUAGUCGUUCUUCAGCAGAACUACCAACUCAACCAAAACUAUCUUCCUAUCCAACUGAUAAACAAAAUCGAUCAUUUCGUUCAAUUUGGUAUUCAACAUUUCCGUGGCUGGAAUACUCAGUCAAAGAAAACUUAGUUUAUUGUUAUUACUGUCGACAUUUUGGUAGUGGAUUUAAUUUAUUAAAUAGGCAACAAAGUGAUGCAUUUAUUGCUGGACGUGUCGAAAUAAUUAAAAAAAACCGUCAACGUCUUACAAAAAUUGCAUCUACAGUACUUUUAUGUUCACGACAAUCCAUUGCAUUACGUGGUCAUGAUGAAAAUGAAUUAUCUAAUAAUCGUGGAAAUUUUAUCGAAAUUUUAAAAUGGUCUUCUACUACUGAUCCAUUAGUUAAAGCAAUACUUGUUGAUAGUGCUAAUAAUGCUUCAUAUUUAUCUCCUUUGAUUCAAAAUGAACUGAUAAAUUUAAUGGCAAAUCAAAUACGAAAAAAGAUCGUAGAAAAAGUUGAUGGACAUGUCUUCGCGUUUAUGGCAGAUGAAACAAGAGAUUGUACCGAAUAUGAACAAUUGAGUAUUGUUUUGAGAUGUAUAUCUAAUGAACCAUUGAAGAAUAGCAAUACAAUCGAUAAAAAUUCCAUUUUUAACGAAUAUCUUUUGGGGUUAGUGAAAUUGAAUGAAUUUGAUGCCGAAAGUCUGAGUAUGGAAAUAAUCAAAUACUUAGAGGCGAUGUGCCUAAUUCGAACAGGAGGGUGA